AUGGCCCGUCCAAGGUUCGACGACGAAGGAAAUGAAAUCUUUUCAGGAAAAGUAGGAGUGUUUCCUCUUGUCACCCAACAACCAGCUUUGAGGCGAAGUCGAAAUAGAGAAGCCGGAACAUUGGAGGUCAAACCAGUUACAUCUGUAACAAGAGAAAUCAUAAGGGAAUUUUUACUUGCAAAGGUUAUUCCAAAAAUUUGGGAAGUUUGGCCAACAGAUGAUUCAAGAAGUACUAUCUUUAUCCAGCAAGAUAAUGCUAGAACACAUGUUGAUCCUAAUGAUGUUGAAUUUCAAGAAGUUGCUUCACAAAAUGGAUUCGACAUCAGAUUAAUGUGUCAGCCAGCAAACUCACUGGAUUUUAAUAUUUUGGAUCUUGGUUUUUUUAGAGCUAUUCAAUCAAUGCAAGAAAAGAAGAAGACAAACAACAUAGCUGAACUCAUUCAAGCUGUUGAAAUGUCUUUUGCUGAAUACUCAUCAGUUCAUGUGAAUCGUGUUUGGAUAACAUACCAAUUAUGUAUGGUUGAGACGAUGAAGGUUCAAGGAUCCAACAAAUAUAAGAUCCCACGUGUAAAUAAAGCAAGGUUGGAAAGAGAAGGUUGUCUUCCUAAGCAAAUUACUUGUGAUCCAGUUCUUGUAGAAAAUGUCAGGAGUCAACUUCAAUCGUGA